AUGAAGAACCAGACAACUGUGACAGAAUUCAUUCUACUUGGAUUCUCUGCAACUAAGAGAUUGGAACCUCUGAUCUUCGCUUCUUUUUGCAUUACAUAUACUAUUGCUUUGCUGGGCAACCUUGUGAUCAUUACAUUGGUAUGGUGUGAUCACAGCUUCCAUAGCCCAAUGUACAUCUUUAUUGCCAAUUUAUCUUUUUUAGAGACUCUUUACACUACCACAGUUAUUCCCAAAAUGCUGGUCAACUUCAUGAAUCAAAGAAAAUCAAUUUCCUCUCAAAAUUGCAUUUUGCAAGCUUACUUCUACUUUUCAGCAGGUUCCUCAGAAUUCUUCCUCUUGGCAGUCAUGUCAUUUGAUUGUUACAUUGCCAUUUGCAAUCCACUGAGGUAUACAGCUAUCAUGAACACAUCAUUUUGCAUCAAACUCUUAGCUGCUUCUUGGAUGUGGGGCUAUUUUGUUGUGAUCACACCAACUACCUUGUUAGGUCAGCUGCAAUUCUGUGGUCCUAACACCAUCAACCAUUUCUUUUGUGAUGUUGAUCCUCUUCUAAAGUUGGCCUGCUCUGAUACAAGGACUAUUGAGAUUAUUAAUUUUGUAAAUUCAGCCUUGCUCCUUUUAGGAUCAUUACUGGUAACAGGGAUCUCCUAUAGUUUUAUUAUUGCAACAGUAAUUCGCAUCCCCUCAGCCAAAGGCCGCCAGAGAGCAUUUUCAACAUGUGCAUCACAUCUAAUUGUAGUGAUUCUCUUCUAUGGAAGUUCAAUUUUCAUUUAUGUUCAGCCACAAAACACCCAUUCAUUAGAUCUCAACAAAGUAGCCAGCAUUCUGAAUACAGUAAUAACCCCACUAUUGAAUCCUUUCAUUUAUAGCCUGAGAAACAAGCAAGUUAAGGAAGCCUUGGGAAGGGUGUUCAAUAUUUCCAGCUGA